AUUAUUUUCGGUUGAAUUCACCACGAAAGUACAUCGAGUAGUCGAUGAGUGUCCUCUGUGCUGUAUCGCGGGUGGCGUUGGUGCGUGUGGUAUGUCGCUUGCUUCGGAGCAAAAUCGAUUUUGGCAAAAGAAGAGUUUUUGCAGCCAAUUGCAGUUGAAAUACCGAUAAAAAUUGCCCUAAUUGUGUGCACUGUGUGCUCAAGUGUUGAAUUCCGUCGUUGAUCCAGGAAUAGAGCGCGGUGGAGAGAGUGAAAAAAGAGUCGGAAGUUUCGGGAGUCGCCAUAUAAUUGGUGGUGAGAAAAUGGUUUAGCAAAGUGCCCGAGUGUUUUUCAAUUCUGACAGCUCCCAAUGUCCAGUGCAAGCGAAUUGCUGGCAAUUGUGUGAAAAGUGGCCUGUGGGCAAGAACAAUUCAUGUGAAUUCGUGUGCAUCAGGGCGAUAAGGAUAUAUCGAGUUACAGGAUAAAUCUGGAAGUGACUGUAUUUUUGGAAAUUAUUAAUUUUCUCCCAACACACACACACACAUACUCAUCGGUGGUGUUCAUAUUGGAAUAGACGGCUGGCUAACGAGAGAGCGGGAGAGAAAAUUUCACCACUCUCUUCGGAGUGAACGUCAUAGCGGAGAGAGUCUCACCACUUUCAUAUGAUAAUCUCGAUUGAGCUGCUGCGGAUGAUUUAUCAGUUGGACAACGCCUGAAGGGGACUAAUAAGUUGGACAUUUGUGGGAAAAUUUGAGCGUCAGAAUUAGCGGACUGUGUAAGAGAACAAGAACAAGAACAAGUGCACGAUAUAUAUCGCAAUUGUAGCAGUCAUUUUUGCUGAGCACACUUCACAUAAAUGCAUCGCAAUAAUAAUAUAGUGUGGCAGAUCUCUUCGUCAUCAACAAAUAGUUGAGUUCCGUGGACACCCUCGAAAGUUGUGUGAGCGAGAUCUUUUUCUCUUUUGAUAUCCCAGUUCUGAGCGAUAUUGUCCUCCCGAAGGGAGUGGCGAUUAGCGAAGGAGUGAGCAUUACUGCGGCGACAGAGAGAACGCCGACAUAAGUCAGUUGUGCAAUAAACACACAUUUGAUAUAUUCGAGGAGUAAUCAAGACAGAAAAAGAUAGAGCAAGAACGAGGACGACCGAAUGGUGCACUGACAUAGGUGCUCUCCGUAAUCUUGUACAGUUGAUUGACGAGAAAAGAGCGUUGAAUAUUGAUUUGGAAUUCAGAAUAUUCUGUGAAUGUUAUUUGAGAACAUCUAAGAUAAAAGAAACUAUCGAGAAGCGAAAAACACUCGCUAUUGGCGAGUGCAGAAUUACCAAGAAUUCGAUUCUUGAUAUUUUUUCUUGAUUAGGAACGCACGUUUUGUUGUAUUGUAAAAAAAAGAAGAAGAGAAAUUGUGUCGUUUUCCCUCUGUUUCUGUCGUCAAAAACUAUUUUUCCAAAAAAAAAGAUAAAAACAUAAAAUUUAUUAUUGUGUCUGUAAUCAAUAGUAACGCAAAUCACCACAGAAAAAAAAUCACAAAUAGUCGUCCAAAUAAGUGUCACUGCAAUUUAAGUGUAUAUCUGAAAGAGUCCCUCUCUGUUGUUGCUAUACAGUAUAUUUGUGUUGAACAGAAAGAAGAAGAAAUCAAGAUAAGAAAAAUCUAACAAUAACGUUAUUGCGAACAAAAAUAUCAUUAAUAUCAAACGCACGCUAACUGACUUAAAAAUGUCGUCGGGAACAUUUGUUGAUCGCAUUGAUCCGUUUGCAAAACGAUCGCUCAAGAAGAAAAGCAAAAAGUCUCAGGGAUCGUCGAGAUAUCGGAACUCUCAGGAUGUAGAGCUACAGCAACUUCCACAAUUAAAAGUGGAUUGCUCGAGUAUGGAGCAGGAGGAGCUUUUUAUACGAAAACUGCGGCAAUGCUGUGUGUCCUUUGAUUUUAUGGAUCCCGUGGCGGAUCUGAAGGGGAAGGAAAUUAAGAGAGCCGCCCUCAAUGAUCUGUCCACAUACAUUAUCCACGGCAGAGGCGUCCUGACAGAGGCUGUGUAUCCAGAAAUUAUACGAAUGAUUUCGUGUAAUUUGUUUCGUACACUGCCACCAAGUGAGAACCCAGACUUUGAUCCCGAGGAGGACGAUCCAACACUCGAGGCAUCCUGGCCACAUCUCCAGCUGGUCUAUGAGGUUUUCUUGCGAUUUCUCGAGUCACAAGAUUUCCAGGCAACCAUCGGGAAGAAAGUGAUUGAUCAAAAGUUUGUCCUUCAAUUGCUGGAGUUGUUCGAUUCGGAAGAUCCUCGUGAACGUGACUUUUUGAAGACGGUUCUUCAUCGAAUUUACGGAAAAUUUCUAGGACUGCGCGCAUUCAUCAGGAAACAGAUAAAUAACAUAUUUUUGCGCUUCAUUUAUGAAACAGAACAUUUCAAUGGUGUCGGAGAAUUACUGGAAAUACUGGGAAGCAUUAUCAAUGGAUUCGCUCUGCCGUUGAAAGCUGAACACAAACAAUUUUUAGUGAAAGUCCUAUUGCCACUCCAUAAGGUGAAAUGCUUGUCAUUGUAUCAUGCUCAACUGGCGUACUGUGUGGUGCAGUUUCUGGAGAAGGACGCCUCCCUCACGGAGCCAGUGGUUCGGGGUUUGUUGAAGUUUUGGCCAAAGACCUGCUCGCAGAAGGAAGUGAUGUUUCUGGGUGAGAUUGAGGAGAUUCUUGAUGUGAUUGAACCACCCCAAUUCGUCAAGAUCCAGGAACCAUUGUUUCGACAGAUCGCCAAAUGUGUGUCCAGCCCUCACUUUCAGGUUGCGGAGAGAGCGUUAUACUUCUGGAAUAAUGAGUAUGCAAUGUCGCUAAUUGAGGAAAACAAUGCUGUCAUAAUGCCAAUAAUGUUUCCGGCAUUGUACCGGAUCAGCAAAGAGCACUGGAAUCAGACAAUUGUGGCUCUAGUCUAUAAUGUACUAAAGACUUUCAUGGAAAUGAAUUCGAAGUUGUUUGAUGAGCUAACGGCAAGCUACAAAGCUGAACGACAAAAAGAGAAGAAACGGGAACGAGAGCGUGAGGAGCUGUGGAAAAAAUUGCACGAAUUGGAAAACAAUCGUUCAAGUAGUAAAACAUCUUUAAAGAGUGAUGCAAACAGUGAAUUGCUGACACAGCAGUCGAACAAUUUGACGGGAAAUUUAAGUAAUGCCACAAAUUCGACGCUAAUGUCAUCAUUAUCGGGCAAUGCACCAUCCAUGGGCAGCGGCAUGGCUGAUAAGGUGUCCUCCGCCUCAGGUGGCUCAAAUGUUUCCUCGGCCACCAAUUCACUGACAUCGGCAGUGAGCAAGUGAUGCACUGAUUGACCUUAAUAUAAUCGUAAAUCACACUCUUCUAGUUCACAUGAUGUUACUGCUAAUGCUCCCAGUAAUAAGAAGAAAACAAAAUCAUUUCUGCAUAGAAUCAUAUAACAAAGUCUCUAGCUAACUCUUCACAUUCACAGUGACAUAUUUGAAAACCCAUUGACAGUGAAAUUGCUAAAAAAUGAUAAGGUCGACAGCAUGAUUAUGGAUUUGUCCCCCCUUUAGCGAUGAAUUAUAUAUAGUAGCAAAACAAGAGCGAGAAAACAGAAAUAAUCAUAAAAAUUGAGGAGUGAAACAUACAACAGGUGACUAUUGAAUUUCGCUUGUGAAAUGCCGAAAUAAAUAUAGAUUAAUAUCUAGUGCUACAUGAUGAUAAACAUUAAUACAAAAAGGAGGAGAAGUAUAUAAUUUAAAUAUUAGCGAGAGAGAGAGAUGAUAACAAUAAGUGGAUGCAAGAUAAAGAAUAAUUAUAAAAUGAAGAGGAGGAGAAAAUAUUACCUGCUGCUGUCGUCUCAUUCAAUAAUUAGCCCAAUAUUAUCGACAUAAUGGAAUAAAAUAUUACAUAAAAUAACAACAUAAUUGCAUAAUGAAAUAAUGAGAAAAAAAUUUUAGACUAUAUAUUGUCGUGAAAGAAGGAAAUAAUGGAAACAUAUUGUAAAUGUUAGGGUAACAUAAGUAAUUUAGAAAGAAAACAUUAAAAACCAAAAAAAAAAAAAUGUUGAGAUGACAAAAAGAAGAAAAUAAUUUCGUCUUUUACUUAACUGAUUGUUUUUUGCCGUGAAAUUAAUUUUUUGAUCUAUUAGAUGGAAUUUACUACAAAUAUCAAAAAAAAAGUGACAUUAGAAGUUGCAUAAAAUAUGCUGAAAAUUUCACACACAACUUAGUUGUAUCAUUUGAUUUUCUUAAAAGUAACAUGCAAAUAGUUGAUAAGUCAGCAAUACUUGUGUAGAAGGCUCCCUGCUUUCUUAGUAGUAUGAAGACUCAUACGACUCAUAUAUUGAAGUGUAUUUUUUAUCAUUGUGGAGAAAAAGAAGAUAAUUUUAUACGGCUAGUCAUAAAUGAGGAGAAGAGAGUUGCGACUACAUGUGAGAAAGGGCAGUUCUGUGUGAAAUACUUCUUUCUAGCUGAACCAACAUUUUCCCCCUGUCAUGGCAUUAAGUUUACGCUAAUCACGAGGGAGAAGAAAACAGUGAAGAUUUUGAAGAUUUUUUUAAAACAAAUUUUCUAAUUCACGAUAAAUUGUAAAUAGAUAUUCAUGUACUACUUUAUUGUUUUAUAGUUAUUAGGCUUACAGUGAGCGAUUUUAUCGAUAUUUUCCAGUGGAAUACAAGAAAAGAGAAUUCCUUUAUUUCGAAGACAUGAUCGCAGGCGAAGGUGCAAAUUGAUUAGAAUUGAUGCUUUGCAAGUAAUUUCGUUCUCUGUCAUAAAAAGUAAGUGUAUACUAAAUGUGUUGAGGGCCGCAUUGCUGGUCAAUUUUGCAUUUAAAAAUUGUAUGUAAAAUGAAGAAAAUGCGUGAUUGUUGCACGAUCAAAAAGGUGUCUUCAUUGUCAAAGUAAGGAGGAAAAAAAAUCACACUAAAUCUUCAAAAUCUUCUCAAAUGUGCGUGAUCAAAAUUAACUAUUUUUAUCUUAUCGAGAUGUGUCCAUAAGAGAGCGAUAUAUAAUUUUUUAAAUGUAGAAAUUUCAGAAUGCAGUUUAUCUUUUCGAUUGAUGUAAGGUAAUAGCAUCCAAAAAAAAGAAGAAGAUUUGUAGAAAUGGGGAAAAAUUAGAAUAUGUUUAAUAAUAAUACAUACUAGCGUUUAAGAAAUUGUUGUUUUGUUUAAAAGGACAUGAAGUAAAAUUAGAUGAAAUCCAAAUAAAUAAAGGUUACAAUUAUUUUGAACACUCUUCUUUCGUCACAUUUCAUAGAAUGGAAACUAUUUGGUUGACCACGUGAAUGCCAAGGAAAAAAUUUUGUAUCUAGUAUUUUGAUAGAAUAUUGAGAGAUUCUUCUUUUUUAACAUCUAAGUUGGGACUGAAAUUUAGCGGUAAAAUGGAACAAAUUAUAAAUUCCGAUUUUUCACGAAUUGCGUGGAGAAAUUGGGAUAGAUAGUAAGUCUAAAUAACACAUAGAACACACCAACAAUGAGAAGAAUAUAAUCAUAACUGGUAAAAGAGGAGAAUUUUUAACUGACUGUUCAUCUUUUUAUUUCUAGAGGAAGAAUCCAUAAACAUUUUUCAUUCUUUUAUUUAUUAAAUAUGUAUGAAAGAUAUGAAAUAAAUAGCUGCGUUUAUAGUAAGGAUAUUUUAAAGAACUAAUUGAUUAAAAAAUAAAUGAAAAAAAAUAUGAAAGUGGAACACACUCAAUAAUUUACAUAUGGAUAAAAAUAUAAAAAAAAAGAUGACGUGAGGGAGUAAAAGUAGAAAUUAACUCUUCGGUUUAAAGAAAUGCGCGUAAAGAGGGAUGGUAAGUGAGGCAGAAGGGCUACUUGAAAUCUGUAUAGAAGAACAUGUGACUUGUAUAAUAAAAGAAAUUAAUGAAAAAGUAAAAACAUAGAAACACUAGCGAGGUAAAAAUUUACUGAAAAAAUACAUAUUUUUCUGCAUUUUUCGUUUCCUUCAUGAGUUUUUUUUCCGUGUUCGUUCACCAACAAGAAUACUUGUAAUAUGUAAAGUGAAAUCACUCCUAAAAAGGUUAGACUCUAAAUAUAUUUGUAUAGAAAAGAGUGAAAGGGCGAGAGAGAGAGAGAGAGAUAGCGCGAGAGAAACAUAAGAAAAAAAAACAUUAUAAUCUAUUAUGGAAAAAUGAUAAUGUAUCUAUAUUUAAUAUGUAUUGCUGAAGAUAUGCAAAACAACUAAUUAUAUAUUUAAAAAAAAGAGAAGAUUAAAAACGUGAAAAACUGAGAAAAAGUGGAUAAGUGGAAAAUAUAAAUAUAAAAGAAUGUUUUGUAAAUUUCUAAGAAUUUUUAAAACUUGUUAACUUCAAAUUAAUACAAGAAGGAAGAAAUGUAACAAAAUUGUUUUCUCUGAUUUCUUUUUUCAAAGCUGAUGAGUGAGGGAAGAAGAUGUGUAAGGGACAAACGCAUAACAAAUGAUUAAGAGGAUACCUUUGUUAAUAAAUAAUUAAUAUUAAUCUAUUGCUACAUACAUACAUAUAUAUAUAUUUUCUAUAUAAUUAAGUACCUCCACAUAACACCUAAAUUAAACAAAUGGUGAGAGAUGGUGAAAAAUAUGUGCAGAGAUCAGUUGCAUAGGGAGAAUCGCGAGUCGUGAGGAUGAGAAAGUAUAAAUAUAAGGAGAAAAAAAAUUUAACAAUAAAAAAGAGAGAUUGUAGGGUUGAAAAAUGAGUAAAUUAUGAGCAGAUGUUGUAAUACUAUGAUUUUUAAUUUGUAACAUGGCAAGAAAUCAAUGAGAAGCAAACUUGAAAACUGCAUCUUUUGACGUGGCAUUAGAGGAUCAUUUUUAACGGCACCAACAUUACUAUUUUUUCUGAUGAAAAUAUAAUGAUGAUAAAACACAUGGGACAAAAUAUGAAGAGAAUAAGAAAUUGUGUGUUGAAUGAUGAUACAUAAGGAAAAAGUAUAUAAAUAUAUCUAUAUAUAAAGAAUAAAAUAUUUAAAAGAAAA